AUGGAGUUGAAACCAUAUGAGUGUCCAGAUUGUGGGAAAAGUUUCAGUGAUAGUUCUGCCCUGGUGAAACACCAGAGGAGUCACCGAGGGAAGAAGCCCUACAAUUGUCUGGAUUGUGGGAAGACUUUCAGUCGGAAUUCCGAUCUUAGGAUGCACACUGGGGAGAAACCAUACAAUUGUCUAGAUUGUGGGAAGACCUUCAGUAGGAAUUACUGCCUGGUGUUACACCAGAGGACUCACACUGGGGAGAAACCAUACAAGUGUCUGGAUUGUGGCAAAAGUUUCAGUCGGAAUUCCCAAUUGAUAAUACACAAGAGGUCUAACGCUGGGGGCAAAGUGUAUGAGUGUUCAGAUUGUGGGAAUAGUUUCUGUGGGAAUUCCAACUUUAUGAAACACCAGAGGACUCAUGGAAGAAAGAAACCAUACAAGUGUCUGGAUUGUGAGAAAACUUUCAGUCGGAAUUCUGAUCUUGUGAAACACCAGAGAAUUCAUACGGGAGAGAAACCAUAUGAAUGUCAAGAUUGUGGUAAAUGUUUCAUUCGCCGUUCCUACCUGCUGGUACACCAGAGGAUACAUACUGGGGAGAAACCAUACAGUUGUCUAGAUUGUGGGAAGACUUUCAGUAGAAGUUACUACCUGGUGUUACACCGGAGGACUCACACUGGGGAGAAACCAUACAAGUGUCUGGCUUGUGGGAAAAGCUUCAGUCGGAAUUCCCAAUUGAUAAUACACCAGAGGUCUAACGCUGGGGGCAAAGUGUUUGAGUGCCCAGAUUGUGGGAAUAAUUUCUGUGGGAAUUCUGACUUUAUGAAACACCAGAGGACUCACAGAGGGAACAAACCAUACAAGUGUUUGGAUUGUGAGAAAACUUUCAGUCAGAAUUCCGAUCUUAGGAUGCAUACUGGGGGGAAACCAUACAGGUGUCUUACUUGCGGGAAAACUUUCAAUACGAAUUACCACCUGGUGUUACACCAAAGGACACACACUGGGGAAAAACCAUACAAGUGUCCGGAGUGUGGGAAAUGUUUCGGUUGGAAUUCUGGUCUGGUGAUACACCAGAGGACUCACACAGGGGAGAAACUAUAUGACUGUCCUAAAUGUGGGAAAAGUUUCAGUCGACAUUCUGACCUGGUGGUUUACACUCGGGGGGAGAAACGUUUCAAAUGCCCAGAGUGCGGAAGGUGCUUCGCACAAAAGUCCUCCCUUACUGUACACAAGAAAAUCCACAUGAGGCAGAAGGUGAUGACUGUAGGGAAGGCUUGA